UUGUUUUGAUUAUCCACAUUCGUAGCGACGCCGCAGCCGGCGCGUCGUUACACAUCGAGGAGUUGAAACACGCGCGUGAAACCUUUCAGCAUCCGGUAGGUCAAGAUGGAAAUGAAAGAGUAUGCAAGCUUGCAGAUUCCGGACCAGGUGAAUCUCCCAUUUGCCAUCUCCAGUUCGGGCGACUAUUUUCUUGUUUUCACCAAGGGCAACGUCGAGUUCCUGCAGCUCAAGUACAAACACAUCAACGAGGAUGGUGCCCUGAAUUACAUCCUCAGUCGGUAUGAAUGUUCCAAGGAGAAACCUACGGGUCAACUAUCGGUGAAAGAGAUCGAAGUCUACAACACCAGCAAGCGGCUGGAGCGAACGACGAUUAUGCUUGAUCAGACUAUCAUUCCGAAUAUCGCAACGCUGUACAUCACUAAUGUGACGGCUGCCGUGUCCCCACCGGGAAUAUUCCAAGAUUACAAAGUCUGUUUGGUGGCUCAUUUGACCAGCAUGGGGCAGCUGUCGGUGCAACGAUAUGACAAUGCCCAAAAGGAAUGGCUGCUGUAUGUGGACGUCUCCGCCACUUGGAAUGCUCACUUGCACGACAGCAACGUGUACAGGAAGUUCGACAAAUUGCUACCGGCUGUACACGAUGCGCUAAUUACGAAUUUUUGCUGGCGUGACCAUGCGUUCCACCAUGUGGCCCACUUCGCCAUUGGAACCAAGUCGGGCAAAAUUGUCCUUUACAGUUUGCUAUCCGAUAGAGUCCAGGUGCAGUUUAUAGCUGCCGUAUUGCAACCGGUGAGGCUGCUAAAAUGGAUAACCAUAGCCGAGGAUCGAAAUCUGCUGCUUGUCGGGUUACAGAACGGGAAGAUUGCUAUUUAUGGAUUCCGGACGCUACCGGAUGCGACGGUGGUGGAUUUCGAGCAGUUGAACAAUAUGUGGUCCGAUGAGGAUAAUUUGAUCGUUGGGUUCGCGGAGUACGAACUGGAUUAUGCCAACGAUCGGUUGCUGAUCCUGGUGGUAAAGGGAACGCAUUUGGUUGUGUUUCUGUGCAGUUUGAAAGGGGAGGUGCGGUCGAUGGUCAUACAGAAUGUGAACCAAUUUAUGAUAACAGGCCUCCAUCAACUUUCCCCGUACCGCUACAUCAUUUCUACUCUCCCCGGUGUGAUAUUCUGUAUCAACAUUAAAGUCGUCAGUGCGGAUCGCAUGGAAAUCGACCAUACAGCGAUCAAAACGGAUUUGAAUGUCAGCAAGUACUCCAUCUACGGGGUUACAGCCUCACGGAACCGAUCCUGCUGGCUGUUUGUAGGCUAUCCAUCGAAGAGUUUCGAUCGUCUGAGCUUACGAACGCCCUCGGUCAUAUUCUUCUGCAAGUUCAACGAAUACGACGCGAUGAAAAUCCUACUGAACAACCCAACACUCCGCAUGACCAACUAUUACGAUUGUGCCGAAGUAAUCCGGUACUGCGGUAAUCGUAAUCCUGAAACGGUGAAACCCCUCGAGCUGAUGGCUUCCAACUGUGCAAACGUAGACGAUAGCUACGCCUACCAUCUGAAGUUGCAGCUGAUUCAGCUGGGUGCGCGAUUAAGCCACUACAAAAGGCGCUGCCAAUCGGUAUCCGAAGUGCUCUACAACCAAUCGCAGUUCCUCAGAACAGUAAUCGAAAUUCUGCACGCAGCAAAGGUGAUCUACUACUUUCUGCACGUACGACAUACCCUCAGUCAACUAAGCUAUCAGCAACUGCUAACGAUCCGUUGUUUGCGUAACUUUAUGCAAGAGUUCGUCACCGAUAGCUUCCCGGGGGACUACGAGCACGUACACCUGGCGUUGAAACCCCCGAUGGAGGAAGUGAUCGUCCGUGCGAACGAACUACUCUCGAGCACCCAACAACCAUUGUACGCCGAGGAAUGCUCGUUCUGUGGUGACGCGAUUCCGGAAGCGAAGCAAACCUGCGUGGAGAAUCACCAAACAUUCCGCUGCUCGAUAACGAAACAGCAAAUCGCCAUGCAGAACGUGGAAACAGUGUGCGAAAUGUGCGAACGUUGUUCGCUCGACGUCCAGCUGUUGGCUGACAUUUUUUGCGCCGACGGUGGUCAGCUCACUAUCUACUAUUCGUACUGCUGCUUGUGUGAUGUGCCGUUUAGCAAGCACGUGACUCCGUGAGGUUUAAAUAAAGACU